AUGUUAAUAUCAACAAUUCUUCAAAGAACCGUUUUGAAAUCAACAUCGUUGCCAAUGAUGUUUGUUCGAUCCUACAGAACAAAAGAUAUGUUACGUCGCCGAUGUCAAGAUUGCUAUGUUAUUUGGCGUUAUGGAAGAAUGUAUAUUGAAUGUCCAAAAUUUGCGCGCCAUAAAACAGUGUCUAAAAUGACGAAAGAAAAAGGUUGGGGAUGGUUUGAUUGGCGAUUGGCACCCAAACUUGAACGUACUAAAUAG